AUGAGGGAUUUAAGUGAAAUUAAUUUUAUAAGAUUUUUUAUUCCAAUUAAAGACUCUCCUAUAUUUUUAGAGAUAUUGGGUAAAUUAAAAAAAUCUCAAGGUACAUAUAAAGACAUUAAUAAAAAAAUUCCUAUAUCAAGGGUUUUGUUCCUUUUUUAUAUACCUAAAUAUAUAAAACAUAAUGAUUUAAACGUCUUGUUUAGUAAAUAUGGAAAAAUUGAAAAGAUUGUAAUAAAUGAAGUAAUGAAACAAAGUAAUAAAGAUAUAUAUAAUACAUUAUCAUAUAUAAUAUAUAAUUGUGAUAAAUCUAUAGAAAAUAUUGAAAAUGAUUUAAUAACAAACAAAUUUGGAAAUAUAUUAUAUCUAGAUUAUAGUGAUCUUUUAUCAUUUUCUGGAAAUAAUAAAAAUAAUAUAAAGAAAAAAAUAACCAAUAUUAUUAAGUUAAGAAGUAACCCAAUUAUUCUUGAAAAAAGUGUGAAUACCUAUAUGACGAAAUAUGAUUUAGAAAAACAAAUAGAAGAAGAAAAUAUAAAAAAUAAUUCAAUGGUAUCUGAUGCUGAUGGAUUUAUAAAAGUUACUGGUAAAGUAACAAAAGGAAUAGAUGGAACAAUUGUACAUUCAUUCAAACCAGAUAUAUCUAAUGUUGGUGUAUUUGGGAAUUUAAAAGUAAUUAAUAAGAGAAGAUACAAUAAAGAAGAAAAGAAUAAAACUGUAGAUAAUUUUUAUAAAUUUCAAAUUAAAGAAAAAAAGAGGCGUGAAAUUGAUAAUUUGAAAAUAUAUAUUGAAUAA